AUGGAUAGCGAAGACAGAGUAGAAACAAUUGAAAUAGAAAAUAUUAAUAUUCAAGAUUUAAAAGAUUAUUUUAUCGCAUUGGAUGAAUUAGAAGACGUCUGCGAUGAUCUUGUUGAAUGUUACAAGAAAGAGCAAAUAUACUAUUUAGAAGAAGAUAAAUUUAAUAUGCUAUUAGAAGAGGAGAGUGAAUUAGUCGAAGCUCUAUUUGAAAUGUCUUCUGAUAUUAAAACGAAGUAUAAAGAUAUUUUGGAUGCCUUCAGAAUUAGAGCAAUAGAAAGACAAAGAAGAAGAAGAGUGGAGAUAUCCAAAGAAUUAUCAAAGAAGCCAAGAGCUCCUAAAGAUAAUUAA